CAACUCCUGGAUGAUUAUCCAAAAUGCUUCAUCGUGGGAGCAGACAAUGUAGGAUCCAAACAGAUGCAGCAGAUUCGCAUGUCCCUGCGUAGGAAAGCUGUCGUGCUGAUGGGGAAGAACACCAUGAUGCGCAAGGCUAUCCGUGGUCAUCUGGAGAAUAACGCUGCUUUGGAAAAGCUGUUGCCUCAUAUCCAUGGGAAUGUGGGCUUUGUGUUCACCAAGAAGGAUCUGACUGAGAUCAGGGACAUGCUGUUGGCUGACAAGUUUUCCCAACAAGCAGAAGUCUGCAGAACCAUCUGCCACCAUGAUGAGCUCUUCAUUGGGCAGCAACCUGUCAGAACUGGACCGACUACUCCUAGCAGGGCCGGCUCCAGGUACCAGGCAACCAAGCACAUGCUUGGGGCGGCACCUGAUGAAGCCAGCGGGAGCCCCUCCCUGCCCAGUGGGACUGGACCUCACUAUGUUGUCCCAGAGAGCACUAGCUCUUUGGGGGUGAAGGCAGCACCCCCUACAAAAGAGAAGCCAAAGCGGAACGGAGGGCGUGGGAUUGAGGAUGUGCGUCCCAGUGUGGAGAGCCUUUUGGAUGAACUGGAGAGCUCUGUGCCAAGUCCAGUCCCUGCCAUCACUGUGAACCAGGGUGAGGUGAGCAGCCCACAGCGAGUCACCUCCAGCCAGCAGCAGACUCGCAUAUCUGCUUCUUCAGCCACAAGAGAACUGGAUGAGCUGAUGGCAUCUCUCUCUGACUUCAAGGUGCCCAACCCUAAUAACUUCUGAUCUUGUGUUCUCCACUCACUUGUCUGUCAUCCAUUUCUACUGACCACCUCCUCUCCUCAGAUCACCCACUGCAACCGCUACUCCUUGUACCAGUCAAUUCUCGGUGGUGUAUUAGUGCUGUCAAAGUGCUGCUGCAGGUGUGAUUGGUGUGAUGAAGUCUUAUAUCUGGCGUGGAUAAUGCAGAGACUUGUAAACUAAGUUUACUGCUCUUUAGAUCUGUCAGGGUUUGCCCUAGUGUAGCAUUCAAAGGACUAGGCUAAUCUUCUGAAGUGGUGAGCAAUAGAUGCCAAGUGCAGAUCUCAUAAUGUCCAGAAGUCUCUUAGAAGCAGGGAGGAUUUUCUGAUGUAACUGCUGCUGUGUGUUGUACCAAGUGCUUAGCUAGCAUUCAGGGGUGUUUCUCCCCAUGCCAAGCACUGGAUCAAGGCAAUGCCUAUCUCUGUCAACAUCAUGAGGGGAAAUCCCAGCUGGUGUAGUGCCCAUUUUUUUUGUUCUGAUUCAGGAAAAACACUUCAUUGAAAUAAUGACUAACUGCACCUAUGUUGCCCAGCAACACCAAUUUGUACGGUGGGGAUAUCUUUUGUGGGGGAUAGGGAGGAGUGUGACAGUGUGUGAUUCACAGUGAAGUGAAAUGCUUUGUUGGUAACAGAUAGGAGCUGAGUUCUUCUAAGUGCAGAGUCGAUUGUUUUGGUGGGUUGUAAUUUAAUAAGAAGAACCCAUCUAUUUACUGGCAAAGACCAGCCUGUGCUGCUCUGGAGGAUAUCUCCUUUGUUGCUCUUGAUUCUUCCCAAUCAAGAAGAUGGGAGAUGAUUUUUGAGACUUCCAGGCAGAUUUGGGCAGUAAAGAUUUCAUCUCAAAGGGCAAGAAAUUUCCGGAGUUGGGUUCAGGUAAA